CGCCAAGGAGCUGAAGACCAAGGAGUGGUGUUGGGACAAAAGUAGGCUAAGUGAAAUCUCUGCAACUCUCUGUUUGCAGCCUUGACUCGACUCUGGAAUCGAAUCCAAUAGAAGAGUAGCGAUUAUCAGCUCUGCCCAAUCUAGCAAUCAGAGUACGGACAAUACCGUAUUGGAUAGUGCCGAAACGAUCGAGUGCGGAAUAGAGGACCAUGCCAUUGCCACAACAACAGCCGCUCAAGGGCGUCAUUGCCUGUCUGACGGGCGUCCAAAACAAGGAUCAGUAUCAUGAAUGGAUCGAAUCGUUGGGAGGGAAAUUCACACGAGAUUUUCACAGUGCCAACAAUACGCAUUUGAUCUGCGAGAAUCCCAAGGGAGCCAAGUACGAGGCUGCCAUUCAAGUGCCGAGCAUCCAAGUGGUCCGGCCAAGGUGGUUGGAAGAGUGUUAUCGACAAACGAAGCGAGUGGAUGAAACAGAGUAUCUGUAUCCUACCAAUGACAAGCGCACAAGUAGUAGUAACCACAAGGACAGCAGCAAGAAACGGCGUAGUAGUGACAAGGUGGUGUCAUUGGCGUCACUGCUCGACCAAGCACUACUACUUGGUGGUACAGGUGGUGGCGACCAGCAACCCACUCCUCUCUUUUCCACUUUCCAGUUUUAUUUGAUUGGAUUUGACCAAGAUGCGACAGCCAACAAAGAACAAGCGCAGCUCUGUCGCUUGAUUCGAAGAGGAAUGGGGACUGUCUUUUGGGAGUUUCACCCGAACAUUACUCAUGUCAUUGUUUAUGAUCAUUGCCAUGACGCUGUGAGAGAGUCCAUCAGCAAAGCCAAAGCGGAAAUUUUUGAGAACCAAGUGGCUGUUGUGUCUCCUUGGUGGGCAGUGAAAUGCUGGCAACACAGCAAAAUACAAAACCCAAUGCAAUAUCCACCACAGCUGGAAAAACGCGACAAUAAGCGACAAAAGAAACAUCGACAAUCCUCCUCCAAAGACAACACCACUGCGGCUAAUACCAGCAAACUCUUUCGUGGCGCAGUCUUUGCAUUACUACAAGUCUCCAAUCCACCCGUUUGGACGGUGGACUACGAUACAACCGAAUUGGAAAAACUCAUUCGAUUGCACGGUGGACAACUCUUGUCCCUGAAAUUAGUCGAGACACUCAAAGUAGAUCAUGCUCAACAAGUGGAGCAAGCUCGUCGUAUGAAAACAACCAAAACCAAACGGCCCUGUUACGUGCUGAGCUGGGGAUCCAGUGCCUUGUUGCAGAAACAACAAAUGACACUGCAUCCUCUCUUGACGCAAAUUCAGAGGAAGGAACUCUGCACCAUGGUCAUGGUGACACCCAAUUGGCUCCAAACUUGUGUCGCAGAGCAAACUUUGGUCCAGCCAGAGGUAAUGCCACAACUAUUUCAACCGCAAGCAUGGCCUUGGAGAAAGCUUCUAUCCAACAAUAAUACAUGCAUUGGGGAGGACAAAGAGAAGAAAAGUACCAUCUGCAUUACAGUGACUGGUUUUCAAGGCCACGAGCGUACCGCCAUCAAGUAUGCCGUCCGAGCCAUGGGAGCCUCCUUUGACGAUGCCCUGAAACAAAAGAGUACGACACACCUGAUUUGUGCAGCAGACGCAACACAGCCAAAGCAACAGUCCAACAAUCCCAAACUCGUCAGGGCCCACGAGUGGGGUAUUCACGUCGUGUCAAUGGACUGGCUCUAUCAUGCUCUGCAGCAUGGAAAAGACAAUGCUGACAACAACAAAAGGUAGAGAGGAUGAUGAUACUACAAAAUGAAGUGUAGGGGGCGGAAACAUCGUAGGGGAUUACUCCAGUUGUCCUGUAACUUAAGUUUAUGUACAAGUUUGCCUACAGAACGUGCCAGUCUCAGGAUAUGCAUUCCGAUUCUUUCCACACUGCAUGAAUUGAAUCAAGACCAAAUUUAUAAUGUACCACAAUUGAUUUGCAUCUCCUCA